GAAGUCACUGAAGCUGCCGUGCGUGGCGUCGUCGCACACGAAGAAUGCGGGCGAGCUCACGUGGCACGCGCCGUAGAGCUUGAGCACGAGUGGGUGGUCGAGUCGUCUCCAGACGUCCACCUCGGCGUCGUCUACCAGCAGGCACUUGACCACGAUCUUGGUGCCCCGUACGAGUCGAAGUCCACGUCGUCGCGCGGGAUGAACCACUCGGGGACGCCCACGUCUGCUCCUGCUCCUGUAGCUGUUGACGACGCGCCCGUGGCUGCCAGGCGCUCACCCAACGGGCAGCCUGCCGGCCGCCCUGCCGUGGGCGAAUUGACCGCAACAAGCGGACCCCUCGGACACUUGGCCCCCAUUUCCCCCGCAGAGGUGACCCAAGUGACUCGCUCGCCGGCUUCCUCCUUCCACCUCUUCAUCCAAAACGUCGAUGGACACGAGCACACUCACCACGUGAACCGACUGUCGGUGGUUGAGUCUGUGGACUCGGAGCCGCGCAAGCCUAACAAGACACGAGCCAAGUGCUGCAGCAACCUGAGCUUCGAGAACCCCUGGGUCCAAAAGAUCACGGCUCUGGCGGUCGGUGUCCCGGGCGGCAUCCUGGGCGUACUGCCCGCUGUGGUGCUCAACAACUGGCUCAAGUCGACCGCCUACCUCGGGUCCUUCUGCAUCGCCUCCAUCAUCACAAUGGGAGGCUUUGCCGCGCUGUACGGGGAAGUGACCGGUCGACUCGGGGGCAGUUCACUCGUGAUGGACCUGCGGGUCGGCUUCAUCUCGGCCUCCUUCUCCUUCGUCGUGGGCAUCGUUUUCCAGGCCACGGGCCUCAUGAGCGUCAUCUUUGGCGAGUAA